CUGAGGCGCAAGAAUCGUACGGGGCCUUCUUCGUCAGACGAAUAGUAACAUUCAAAGAGUAAAGGAAACGACCAAGCAGCCGACAGCGAUUGCGACACAAACAGGAGUUUCGAGACUUUUGAUCGCGCGGAUUACUUUUCGAGCAUCGCGUCGGCUCUCGCCUAUUAAAAAAAAAAAUCGCUUGUAAAAAAAAAAAAAGAAAUUAAAAACUCCGUGUCGCUGCGUGCUAUAUAUAUUUGAAAAGUGAUCCCUCGCGUUCGGUUUUGCAGUGAAAUGUGCGCCGGUGCGUGAUUCGCGUGCUGGCGUAGCGGUGAAAUAGGGUGGAUGCGGUUAAUCGAGGAAAUCUGGUACUUGGUAUCCGACGUCGUGUCGGAUAAUACAAGAACGUCGUCGUGUCACCCGCACUGUGUCGACGCUUCGUGUCUCGAUGUGCUGAGGCAGCAUCGAGCACCCGGAGGAUGCGAGGAGCCGCACCACAACCGGCGCCGGCGCCGACGCCGACACUACAGCAGGCGUCCCAGUGCAUACCGGUCUCAACAAAUUACUGCUACAUGCUGCGUAACGGCAACAACAAUGUCAGCAACGCGGCGCAUAGCAGCGACGGCUACAAUUCCGCCAGCAACUCGCCGGUGACGUGUUACGAGAGUUUCACGCCGUCCGCGAGGCACCUGAUGGAUCUGAGCGGUCCGCCGGAGCAUCGCAAUCUCUUGUCGUCCGAUUAUCAUCAGGUCACGGCCGAUUACAGUCUUCCGCAUGUCGUUUUCAAAAAUCCGGAAAACUCGAGGUUCCAUCACCACGACAUGUAUUCGCCUGGCGGCUGCGGCGCCGAGGACAUUGUCUCUCCUGGCUCCGUCCAGUCCAUCCACGGACAGUCCUACCAUCCCGUGGAUGGAGUACCCGUGGUGGAAUACAAGGCGGAGGUAAUAGAGUACAAGCCCGACGUGCUCGAUUACAAGCCCGACGGUAGUAUGGUCGAUCAAGUUCCGAGGUACUGCAAGCAGACCCCGGAGCUCGGUCACAUGACCGAACCGUCGUCUUCGUCGUCGACGAGGAGCUACGGCGUCGCGGACGGCAGAUCGACUGUCAGGAAGAAAAGGAAGCUCAGCGGCACCAGCAACAACGAGUCCGAGGGCGAGAUAACGACUGCCUCGACGACGAGAACCAAGCUGCGUAGAAAGAACAACCAGAGCGACGAGGAGACCACGAAUCAAAGAGCGAUGGCGAAUGUCCGUGAACGUCAGAGGACGCAGAGCCUCAACGAGGCGUUCGCCGCGCUCAGGAGGAUCAUACCUACUCUACCGAGCGACAAGCUUAGCAAAAUUCAGACUCUCAAGUUAGCUGCCAGGUACAUCGACUUCCUGUUGCACGUACUGAAGUAUAACGCCGAUUGCAGCGAUAGCUCUGAAAAUAUAGGGGAGAGAGGCACCAGAAGUGCGAUAAUGGCUGCGAGGGAGAUUGCUCAGUCAUCACCCAGUAGUUUUAUGGCACAUGAAAAAUUAUCCUACGCUUUCAGUGUUUGGCGAAUGGAGGGUGACUGGAAUUCGAGUUUGUAAAAUAUGCGGCCAUAUAGGAUAACAUAUAAUUACAUUAAAAUUUAAUAAGGUAAGAUCGCGAGAUAAUCCUAAGACAUUCGUAUUAAUUUAAUAUGUACAUCGCAAGAAUAUCUUGUUCAUCAAAAUAUAAUAAGUAUAAAAGCAAAUAACAGCAAAGAUUAGAAAUUAAGAAAUAAAAACGAAAAAAAUGAAACAGGAUGUUCCUGCGACUUUGCUAUGCACGUAUAUGUUACUCUCGCCGGUUUUUUUUUCGUAACUAUCAUCUUUCGUCAUUUAUCAAAGUAAAUAAAUUAUUAUAAUGUAAAAAACCGAUCUCAUAAAGUAAUAUACAUACACGCGUUUACAGCGCUCUCUUCCGGCUCGCUUUUGAAAUCUAAAUCGCGGUAGUUAAUUCCUGUCCCCGUUAAUUCGCGGCCUCUCUCUCUCUCCUUCUCACUCGCAAUAUAAUGUAAGCCAAUAAUUUACGUCUUCUCAUCGGACUAUUAACGGCGCGACAACUUCUCCGUGUACCACAUCGCAUCGUUGCAAUGCGCGCUUAUUAAACGACGCCGCGUCACGCACCUGCAUCAAUCAACGAAAUUAUCUCUUCGCGAGAGCAUGGCAUGAUGGAUCUUUGUCUCUGUGUAUGCUCGCGGAUUUAAACCGACGAACAACCGGUCUUGUUACGCAAGUGUAUAAAUCAUUGUUGAUUUUUGUCAAAAGCGCAAAGAAGUUGUUUUUCAUUAUUAUUUUUCAUUAUCGCGGGGUAUAUCUCGAUAACAAUAAAACGACGGGUAAUCGAUUAUUGCUGGGAGAUUCCCUCACUCGCGCAUUUUCUACUCUUCGUUUUGGCUACCUCUCGAAAGCACGUCUUGCAGCCCGUUAACGCCAAAUUUACGAGCGUUUACCCGGUCUGUCCAAACAAUCUUUUUGCAUACUUGAUUUAUUGAAUCUUAUAAGCUUCGCUAAACUUGCUUUCGUUCACCGCGAACUUUCACCGCACUAAACUCUGCAAAUUUCAUAAUUUUUUAUAACACAGCAAAUAUUUGCAUGUACACAUAU